GUCGAGUAAUACCACCGGCGGUGACGUAACGAGCUCCUCCUCGCCACGUCCGGCAGUCGCGAUCAGAAGGCAACCUAGAAGGUAUACGCUCAGCUCUGGAAGUUGCAGAUGUGUCUGCCUGGUGACAGGUCGGGAUCGACGGGUGCGCGUCCUGCAACGCCGAAGUCUCCAUGGACUCACUACCUGAGCAAAUUGCGGCGCUUCGGGACCGGAAAGUCGAGUUGGAGGAGUGCAACAACAACUGCCAGAACGAGAGCCACCUGCUGUCGAGAGCAGUGAGCGCGCUGGGCGACGAGACGCUCACCGUCGUGACGGUGCAAACGAGAGGCGGUGACGUGGAGAAAGUCAGCGGCUUCGAUGGCGGUAAAGAGAAGUCGCGCUGCCCAUCGGCCGGCAGCGUCCGAAGCGCCAAGUCGUCCGGGGUCACGUGGAACGAGAGCGUGGUCGAGCACUCUGUUCGGAGCACGACUAGGUACUCCAAGGACGAGGACGUGUUGAGACCAAGAGCUUUCUUCAGUAUCGUGCUCAGUUGCAUCUACGGAGUGUUCGUCUUCACCAUGGGCUCCACUUUCUGCGUUACCGACCGAGUCUUGGACGAAUUUCAUGCGCCCGAAAUCUUCAGCAUCGUGAUCGCGUCGGUGGGCAUGAGCUGGCUGGCACUGUUCCACGUGGACAUUCUGUGGUACAAGCACUCGGCCAGCCGCCAGGUGCGCUCCAAGGUGCGUCCCUCGCAGAGUGGCCUCUACGUGCACAGCGCUGCCAGCGUGUUCAGCACGUACGCGCGCAAGACUCCCGCGCCGCAGCUGUGGUUCCUGAGUGGACGGCACAGCGGCAGUUUCUACCUCAAGGGUGGCAUGGUCGUCUUCUGCUUCUGCCAUUUGGUGAACGAAGGCCUUUUGCUACAGCGUAGCAUUCAAGCUCUGCUGUGGCACGGAUGCAACACGAAGGACGUCCUCAACAUAGUUUUCCAUGUACAAAGACCGACAUACUCCUUUUACCAGCUGUUCAUGGCUUUCAAGUACUCAAACAUUGUGAUAAACCAUUCGACUGGUCUCGCUAGGUUCGGUCUUAUGCACAUGAUUGGUACUUGCCUGCACUUUUGGUUCAGCAGCAUCGUGCAAGAGUACCGGCAUAACACUCAUUACGGCGAUGACAACGGUUACUUGGCGGUGGCGAACGAGACAGCUUACAAGUUCCUUGGCAACGACUCGAGCACCAACGGGGGUCCCAUGUUGAAUACGAUUGCCAUCACGCCCUACCUGCACCCGUUCACCAUCGAAUACAACAUCAUCCUCGCGGGCGUCUGGUUCAUCGUGUGGCAGAACGUGGGCACCGAACCGGGCCACCACUUCGCGCGGCGGGAGUCGGUGUCGGAGUCGAGCGCGGAGCAGCAGCACGACGCCAGCUACCACAGCAACCUGGUGGUCAGCGCCGACUGCCACGCCGCCAACAAGGGCCUAUUCGCCGGCAUCUUCCUCCUGCUCACGGCCAUCGUGUCGCUCGUCAUCGGCCAGGUGGCCUUCAGUGGGCCUGACUUCGACGGCGUCGAAAGCAUCAUCUUCCUCGUCCAGGACACCGGUCUCAUCGUCGUCUCACUCUUGGCCGUCGUCUGGGGCUACGUCGAGAUCUCCAAGCUGGACUUCAACGUCCACCCCAUCACGCUUCUCGACGACGUGCUGCUGUACGUGCCGCUGCCCUUCUACUUCGUGUACUACAUCAUGUCCGUCACGGCCGACGUGUGGCACUGGAACUUCACUAGCGUCGUCAGCCACCUGCUGACCGUGGCCCAGGUGGUGCUGCAGACGAUAUUCUUGAGCGACGGCCUCCGGCGAUGCAGCAACGCGAGGCGACACCGGUUCACCAAGCCGGGAAGGGAGAUGGUCACGUUCCUUAUCAUCUGCAACGUCACCAUCUGGGUGACCAACACGUUCAACAUGGAGAAGUACCAUCUGAACCAGUACGUUCGCCUCUGCUUCGGUGACGACGCCUGGGUCAUGGUCAAACACGCCACGUUCCCGCUGAUGCUCUUCUACCGUUUCCACGCUUCCGUGUGCCUCGCCGAUAUCUGGAAGUCUGCCUACGAGAGUGGAGAUUGAACGCUCGUGACGAACUUGUUUGUCAAUCAUACGCGUACACCAUGAUCAGAACGGAACGUCUCAGCUAGAACUGUCUUGUUUUUUUUUUUUUUUUUUUUUUUUUUUAUUGUAGUAGAUAUAAGGCGAUCGUUGAUGUAGCUGUCAUGUUUGCUACUGUCGCUCUGUGUUUGUCGUCGUGCAUUGGAGCGGUCAUUUAAAGACGGUGUGGCAUCGUUUUGUAUUUCCAGGGUGAAUUUCAAGACAAGGUAUACUGUCAGUCACUUUGCUAACAUUUUGUUGAAGAAGCAGUUACCGUCGGCCUCAGGGCGGUCAAAGAACGCACAGUGAAUGUGGCUCUGGAUUGCUCGCGCUCGUUGUUUAUGACGUUGUUUACAAUAACCUUCCGUGAAGGUUAUUGCUAUAUUAUAUUAUUAAUUGUUACAACUGUUGUGGCUAUUUGUUACGCCUUGUCUGAUGACAUUUCUCACGGCGUCGUGCUCUGUCAUAUUUCACAGCAGGCCUUUGGCAGCCAUGUAUAUACUUAGAGAAUAACAUUUAUAGUGAAAGUAUUGAGACUUGUCUUCCUCGUGAGAUGCAAAACCUAUCAUUGAGAUAACCUAGCCAAGAUUUAAAAUAAAAUAAAAAUGCGGCAAAUCCAAUGCAUCUCACUGGAAUCUACAUACAGCGAAACUUUGUUUAAAUGAAAUAAA